AUGUCUCGUCGCACUGUUGUUGUCAUCGGCGCCACGGGCUCACAGGGAGGUCCUGUCGCUAGGGAGCUCUUGAAAAGCCCGCAUCUGUACCAUGUCAGGGCUUUGACGCGCGAUCCGAGCAAGCCAGCAGCACAAGAGCUGGCAGAACUUGGGGCAGAAGUUCAGGCGUUUGAUCUAAAUGCCGGCAUCGACGCCCUGCUUCGGGCGUUUACGGGCGCUGAUGCCAUAUUUGCUAUGACAGACUUUUGGGCAACACGCUCAGCCAAGGCAGAAGCUACCCAGGGCCGAACCAUUGUAGACGCCGCAGCUCUUACCUCAACCAUUGAGCAUUUCAUCUGGAGCUCACUACCAGAUCCAGAAAAGGUUUCCGGGGGCAUGUUGAAAAAUAUUCACCACUGGAAGAGCAAGAGUCUAGUUGCAGACUACAUACAGCAGCAGUAUCCAGAGUUGUGGGGCAAGACUACCGUUGUGCUCUUUCCCAACUAUUUUGAGAACUGUCUGUCUCAUCCCGAGCGCUACCUCUCCCAGCCCGAUGCGCAAGGCGUGCACCAUAUGUACUUGCCACACAGCCCGUCCACUGUCAUGCCGAACGGAUCGAUUCGCGAUACAGGCAAGCUUGUUCGACUAUUCCUGGAAGAUGGGGCCGCCUACUUCACAAAGACCGUGGCUUUCUAUAGUGAAGCCAUUUCGGAGGCAGAGAAGCAAGCCAUGAUUGGCAAAAAGUAUGGGUUGCAGACAGUGUACCAUGUGAUAAGUCCCGAUGAGCAUCAAAAGAAGCUGGAGAGUCAAGGUCUAUCUCCUGAGAUUGCUCGGGAUUAUACUGAGCAGCUCUUGAUGUUUGAGAAGUUUGGAAAUGUGUGUGAUGCAUCAGGAUUUAUCCAGGCAAAUGAGAUUCCAGGUCUUCGCCUUCAGUCGUGGGCGGAGUUCCUAGAAGAGAACACAUUCUUGCAAACAUGA